GAAGAGGAAAUGCGUCAUCGAACGUCACCGGAAAUUGUAUUACGUUUGUAGGAUGAUGUGUAUUAGGUUAUGAUGUGAUGCAAUUCGAAUUUCGAUCAUUGUAACUUUUCUAUUUUUAAUGAAAUGUUCUCGAAGACGACGAAUAUGGAACGAAUUUCAGUGUGUGUUUUAGCUUUUCUCAUUCACUUAUCAUUUGCUGUUGCGGGAUCAGACAGAGUUAAGUUAACAGAAUUAAAAACCAUUACCUUAUAUUCUGGAAGAUUAACAAAUGGUAGAAGAAGUGCUCCGAUUCCUCAGUUAAAAUGUGUCGGCGGCAGUGCUGGUUGUUCAGUUUUCGUUCCUAAAGUUGUACAGUGUUACAAUAGAGGAUCCGAUGGAUAUGAUGUUCAGUGGGAAUGCAAGACAGAUAUGGAUAAUGACUACAGAUUUGGAAGUGUAGAAGUUCUUUGUGAAGGAUAUGAUUAUCCCAAUGAUCCAUAUAUAUUAAGAGGAUCGUGUGGAUUGGAAUAUACAAUAGAUUUUACAAAAGGAGGAUCUCAACAAAAGUAUAGUCACAAUUAUGGAUCUAACUAUUUCAGAUCUGGCAAAGGUACAACUUUGGGUGAUAUCAUCAUUUUAAUCGUCAUAUUUAUUAUUAUAUAUGCGAUUAUCAAAACAUGUCUGUAUAGAAACCAACACACUACUACAUCCGAUGAUUAUCCAUCUCCUCCAAAUGAUGGCUAUUUCAGUGGUGGCUUUUUCUCUUCAAGAUCAUCUUACACGGGACAAUCGUCUCCUCCACCGCCUGGUUUUAGAACAGAUUAUGGUGGUGCAGAUUGUGGUACUUCGACCAGAUCACCAGGAUCUUCUAGUGGUGGUGGUGGUUUCUGGACAGGCGCAUUAACUGGUGGAUUAUUAGGUUAUAUGUUUGGAAAUAGAAACAAUGCUUACGGAGGAUCGUCUUAUCAAUAUCCAAGAUACUCGCGUUAUCAAGAGCCUACAAGCUUUUCGUCUGGCUUUUCAAGUUCGGAAACUCGAACGGCUUCUGGUUUUGGAGGAACAAGAAGAAGAUGAGUGCCUUUAUUUAGUGGGUAUUAAUGUCACAAGUAAUUGUAUAUAGCUAAGAUAAUGGACAAAUAAAGCUGUGAUAAUUUACUACUUUGACAAAAGCAAAGAUUUUAAGAUCAGACAUAUUUAUAAUAUUUUAA